AUGGCACAAUUAGGCUUUGACCCCAACCUGUCAUCGCAUUUCCAUGUAUUUGAAUUCGACCCCAACUUCAUUGGAAUGGAGGUGUAUUCAUCUGAAAGUGCGAGAUGGGUUCAUAAGGAGAAGGGCUAUAACGAGCAUAUCACUCUCACUUAUCCUAAUAAGCUAGCAAUCUUUCUUAACGGCUAUCUGCAUUUCCCUGCUUUUGGCUGGCUUAUUUACGUCGAAACCUUCCUCGUCCCAGCCGGGUCAGGGAGCAACGCCGGUGGGAUCACCACCAAGGAUAAACUCGGCAACAACAUCCUCGUCGAGGACUGGCUCAAGGCGCAUGGCCCCAACGACCGCAUGCUCGCUCAGGGAAUCAAGGGUGAUCCUACCUACCUUGUGGUGGAGUCCGACAAGACCCUCGCCGUGUGCGUGCAUUUUGGCUGUGUGGUGCCGUGGAACGACGCCGAGAACAAGUUCCUCUGCCCCUGCCAUGGAUCCCAGUACAACAACCAGGGCAAGGUUGUCCGUGGACCUGCACCUCUGUGGCUGGCCCUUGUUCACGCCGACGUCGACGACGGCAGGGUCAUCUUUGUGCCAUGGGUGGAGACCGACUUCAGGACUGGCGAGAACCCCCGGUGGAAGUAAGCGGCACAAGCUCCAACAGCAAUGCUCACUUGUGUGUUAAGCAUCCUGCCAGU